UUGGACCUGCUGCCUGGCUCAUCCCCGCACUCAGCCUCUCCCGGAGCGCGAAGUGGAAUCUGCACACUGAAACUCUCGGUGGCUGGAGCCGGCGGACUGGGCAUGCUCAGAAGCCAGGGCAGGCUUUGGUCUCAAGUAGGAAGCUUUUGCACUCGGGAGGCAGCGGCGACUUUAGGGAAAGUUGAUCGGAGAGGGGAAGCAGCCCCAAGACGCGGAGCAGCGGCAGGAAGGAUCCCGCGGCAGCCCGGAGGAGCAUGGGCACCCUGCGCGACCUGCAGUAUGCGCUCCAGGAGAAGAUCGAGGAGCUGAGGCAGCGGGAUGCCCUCAUCGACGAGCUGGAGCUGGAGUUGGACCAAAAAGACGAACUGAUCCAGAAGCUGCAGAACGAACUGGAUAAGUACCGCUCGGUGAUCAGGCCGGCCACCCAGCAGGCACAGAAGCAGAGCGCGAGCACCGUGCAGGGCGAGCCGCGCACCAAGCGCCAGGCGAUCUCCGCGGAGCCCACCGCUUUCGACAUCCAAGAUCUCAGCCAUGUGACCCUGCCCUUCUACCCCAAGAGCCCACAGUCCAAGGAUCUUAUAAAGGAAGCUAUCCUUGACAAUGACUUUAUGAAAAACUUGGAGCUGUCACAGAUCCAGGAGAUUGUGGAUUGUAUGUAUCCAGUGGAGUAUGGCAAGGACAGCUGCAUCAUCAAGGAAGGAGAUGUGGGGUCACUGGUGUAUGUCAUGGAAGAUGGGAAGGUUGAAGUUACCAAAGAAGGUGUGAAGCUGUGCACCAUGGGUCCAGGAAAAGUGUUUGGGGAGUUGGCCAUUCUUUAUAACUGCACCCGGACAGCAACCGUCAAGACUCUUGUAAAUGUGAAACUGUGGGCCAUUGAUCGACAAUGCUUCCAAACCAUUAUGAUGAGAACAGGACUCAUCAAGCAUACCGAGUAUAUGGAGUUUUUAAAAAGCGUUCCCACCUUCCAGAGCCUUCCUGAAGAGAUCCUCAGUAAGCUGGCUGACGUCUUGGAGGAGACCCACUAUGAAAAUGGGGAAUAUAUUAUCAGGCAAGGUGCAAGAGGGGACACCUUCUUCAUCAUCAGCAAGGGAAAGGUAAAUGUGACCCGUGAAGAUUCACCCAGUGAAGACCCUGUGUUUCUUAGAACCCUAGGAAAAGGAGAUUGGUUUGGAGAGAAAGCCUUGCAGGGGGAAGACGUGAGAACAGCCAAUGUAAUUGCUGCAGAAGCUGUAACAUGUCUUGUGAUUGACAGAGACUCUUUCAAGCAUUUGAUUGGAGGGCUGGAUGAUGUAUCUAACAAAGCAUACGAAGAUGCAGAAGCUAAAGCAAAAUACGAAGCUGAAGCUGCUUUCUUCGCUAACCUGAAGCUGUCUGAUUUCAACAUCAUUGACACCCUUGGAGUUGGAGGUUUCGGACGAGUGGAACUGGUCCAGUUGAAAAGUGAAGAAUCCAAAACAUUUGCAAUGAAGAUUCUCAAGAAACGCCACAUUGUGGACACGAGACAGCAGGAACACAUCCGCUCGGAGAAGCAGAUCAUGCAGGGGGCCCAUUCCGAUUUCAUAGUGAGACUCUACAGAACAUUCAAGGACAGCAAAUAUUUGUAUAUGUUGAUGGAAGCUUGCCUAGGCGGAGAACUCUGGACCAUUCUCAGGGAUAGAGGUUCAUUUGAAGACUCUACAACUCGAUUUUACACAGCAUGCGUGGUAGAAGCUUUUGCGUAUCUGCAUUCCAAAGGAAUCAUUUAUCGAGACCUCAAGCCAGAGAAUCUCAUCUUAGAUCACCGAGGUUAUGCGAAACUGGUUGAUUUUGGCUUUGCAAAGAAAAUAGGCUUUGGAAAGAAGACAUGGACUUUUUGUGGGACUCCGGAGUAUGUGGCCCCAGAGAUUAUCCUGAACAAAGGACACGACAUUUCAGCUGACUAUUGGUCACUGGGAAUCCUAAUGUAUGAACUUCUGACUGGCAGCCCGCCUUUCUCAGGCCCAGAUCCUAUGAAAACCUAUAACAUCAUAUUGAGAGGGAUUGAUAUGAUAGAGUUUCCAAAGAAGAUUGCCAAAAAUGCUGCUAAUUUAAUUAAAAAACUAUGCAGGGACAACCCUUCAGAAAGAUUAGGAAAUUUGAAAAAUGGAGUGAAAGACAUUCAAAAACACAAAUGGUUUGAGGGCUUUAACUGGGAAGGUUUAAGAAAAGGCACCUUGACACCUCCUAUAAUACCAAGCGUUGCUUCUCCCACAGACACAAGCAACUUCGACAGCUUCCCUGAGGACAACGACGAACCGCCGCCUGACGACAACUCGGGCUGGGACAUAGACUUCUAAUGCAUUUCUCUUACCUGCUUCUGCCUUGCUGAAGACAGCUUUUUCCGAGACACAGCUGCCAGCAAACCUGAGGGAAA